UCGUAGAUAAACAGAGCCAGUGAUGUGGCUGCACAAAUUAGGUACGCGUCUGGUCCGCUCAAGGUUGCAGAAAACGUUCCACGUAGCAUAAUUUUUCGGGUUUCCUGAAAACGUUUGAGGUUGUCAGAUCGGCAGGCAUAUGGCUGACGAAGCAGAGGCCCACUUGUCUGCCUCGUUCAGAACUGCGUUAUUCGCCAGUGACAGGGCAGAUCCGAAUGACAGGUCACACCUGUAGCUACGGCGUGGUUCCGUAUAAAAGCCGAACUGCACCCGGAGCAGGUACCACAACGGCCACUGUUCUUCGCCAUGGUCCUGCUACGACUGACCGUCUGCUGCCUGCUACUGGGCGCGGCCCUGGCAAAGCCGCAAACCAAGGCGGCAGAGCCGGUCCCGCUCUCGGACAAAGAGCCGAGAGCCACCUACGUGCUGCAGCCCGGCCAGUACUUCUUCACAUCGCCCAACUAUCCCAACAACUAUGGUAACGACUUCCGGAGGAGGUGGGUGAUCCGGGGCUCUGACGGCCAGGAUGUCACCGUCCAGUGUGACCCUGUCGACAUUGAGUUCCACUCCUCGUGUAGGUACGACUUUUUGAGGGUCAACGGCGUGAAGUACUGCGGCACCAGCCCGGUGCCUGCCACCAGUGCCGCCGAGCUCAGGGUGGUCUUCAAGACCGACUCUAGCGUGACGGCGUCCGGGUUCUACUGUCUGGUGACGGUGCCGGAGCCAGGCAGCACCAGCGGCACCACGGCGGGCACCACGGCGGGCACCACGUCCGGCACCACCCAGGCACCUGGCGACAGCUGCUGCGGCGUCGCCAACAGGGUCACCCGCAUCGUGGGUGGCGAGGCGACCGAAGUAAACGAGUACCCGUGGCAGGUGGGACUGGUCAACACCGGCAACAACCGUCCCUGGUGCGGCGGCACCGUCAUCAACAACCAGUGGGUGAUGACGGCCGCCCACUGCACUGCCGGCGAGUCGGCCGGCAACCUCCAGGUUCUGCUGCGCAAGCACAACAUCGGUUCCGACUCCAACCAGAUCCGGAUGAGCGUUUCGCAGAUCGUCGACCACCCGUCCUACAACUCCCGUACCCUGUCGCACGACUUCUCGCUUCUGAAGCUCUCGCAAACCAUUGACUUCAGCUCUCUCAGCAACCAGGUGGCGCCGGCGUGUCUGCCGUCCGGCGGCGACUUCGUCGACGUCGAUGCCAUUGUCAGCGGCUGGGGCACCCUGUCCUCCGGUGGCUCACGACCCAGCGUGCUGCAAGACGUCACCGUGCAGACCAUGUCCAAUGCCGAGUGUACCUCGGACCUCGGCCAGGGCCAGAUCGACUCCAGCAUGAUCUGCGCCGACGUGGACGCCGGCGGCAAGGACUCCUGCCAGGGCGACAGCGGCGGCCCGCUGGUGACCGACGUCAGCGGACGCUACACGCUCAUCGGCGUGGUGUCGUGGGGCUACGGCUGCGCCGAUCAGGGCUCUCCGGGUGUCUAUUCUCGCAUCACCGCCGUCUCCAGCUGGAUAUCCCAGACCACGGCCGGCGCCAGUCUCUGCUGAGUCCUGACCACGGCCGGCGCCAGUCUCUGCUGAGUCCUGACCACGGCCCAGGCCAGUCUCUGCGGAGCCUUUGCCAGAGAGUCACAUAGCCUGCUAGCCAGGCGAUGACGGGAUCUCUAGCCUGAUGACUAAAAAUCAACGGGUUUUGCCUCUUUCUUUCCUGUCUUUAUUUUUGUCAGACAGUGUGUAUUUGAAGAUUUAUAAAGUCUAAUGACACCUGAGAAGAUAUCAUCUUCCAGUGUUCAGGCCAUUUACAUCUUUCAGCAAACCUUGUUGAAGUUUAUAUAUAUAUGCAAAAUCGUGUUUCUGUACUAGUUAUUUGGUCUCUAAUACAAAUUGUAUACUUUC